AGCAUGCGCACAGCCUCCCAGGCGAGGAUCGCUAUGGCAGCGGCGUCGCGGUGGGCUGGCUCUUGGUUCUCUUACCGCCGCCGGGCCGCCUACGCUGCCCACCCCACCGCUGCCUCUCGGGCAUGAGUGGGGCCUACCGCCGUAGCCCACUGCCUUGCCCGUCGCUUCCGCUGCAUCCUGACCGUGGGCCUGCGCCAGGAACAUGCCCCUGGCCGCCUACUGCUACGUGAGGGUCGUGGGCCGGGGCAGCUACGGGGAGGUGACGCUCGUGAAGCACCGGCGGGACGGCAGGCAGUAUGUCAUCAAAAAACUAAACCUCCGAAACGCAACCAGCCGAGAGCGGCAAGCUGCUGAGCAAGAAGCUCAGCUCCUGUCUCAGCUGAAGCACCCCAACAUUGUCACUUACAAGGAGUCGUGGGAAGGAGGAGACGGCCUGCUCUACAUCGUCAUGGGCUUCUGUGAAGGGGGCGAUCUGUACCAAAAGCUCAAGGAGCGGAAGGGCCAGCUGCUGCCCGAGCGUCAGGUGGUGGAGUGGUUUGUACAGAUCGCCAUGGCUUUGCAGUAUUUACAUGAAAAACAUAUCCUUCAUCGAGAUCUGAAAACUCAAAAUGUCUUCCUGACAAGAACAAACAUCAUCAAAGUGGGGGACCUAGGAAUUGCCCGAGUGUUGGAGAGCCACUGCGACAUGGCGAGCACCCUCAUUGGCACACCCUAUUACAUGAGCCCUGAACUCUUCUCAAACAAACCCUACAAUUACAAGUCUGAUGUUUGGGCUUUGGGAUGCUGUGUCUAUGAAAUGGCCACCCUGAAACAUGCCUUCAAUGCAAAAGACAUGAAUUCUUUAGUUUAUCGGAUUAUUGAAGGAAAGCUGCCACCAAUGCCAAAAGCUUAUAGCCCCGAGCUGGCAGACCUGAUAAGAACAAUGCUGAGCAAAAGGCCUGAAGAAAGACCCUCUGUGAGGAGCAUCCUGCGGCAGCCUUAUAUAAAACACCAGAUUUCCUUGUUUUUGGAGGCCACUAAGGCAAAAACCUCCAAAGCCAACAUUAAAAACGGUGAUGCCAAAUCCAAGCCUGUUGCUACAGUGGUCUCCAGGAGGACAGAAUCAAAUCAUGAAGCAGUCUACCCCCAGCUCCCCUCUGCUGAGCACCCCCAGACACGUGUAAUGAGCGAAGAUAAAUGUUUGCCCCAGGAGAAACCCGUCAUCAUUGGCCCCUUGAGGUUACCUGCUCCUCCAGAAGAGCACGCUAGCAAACCAGGUGUGAGCAGUGCCGCAGAAUCACUAGCUACCAUCAGCAGGGUGAAUAUUGACAUCUUACCUGCAAAGAGGAGGGGUUCAGUGAACAGUGACUUCGUUCAGAAGACUCACUCAGGACACUUAGAUACCUCUAGGGAGCUGGAAGAUAACUGCAGUGUUUCCCAAGUGGAAGCAGAGAGUCUGCAGGUUAACACUAACCACAGUGCCCAGCCUGAAAACUGGAUCCCCACACAGCCCUCUGAUGAUAGUAGUGGGGAAGGGACCAAAGCAGCAAAGCCAUCACAGCCUCUAAACAAAGCUCAAAAGCCAGAGCUCCAGGAUCAAGUUGCUGAUGAAGCUUUUAUAGAAAAACAGAGCAGAAUCCAGCCAGGUUUACAGCCACACAGCUGUGGGACUGAACCUUCCCUGUCUCGACAGCGGCGACAGAAGAAGAGAGAACAGGCUGAGCGUGGCGUGGGAAGGAGCCAGGUCAGCAGGAAGUUCCCAGGGGCAUCUCCUCGGCUUUUGCCUUCCCAUCCCAUGGUUGGAGAAGUGGAUACCAUACCAACACAACAGAAUGCUGAGUGCCCAAGUAGCACGGCCACUGUGUCUGUGAGCAGUAUGAGGGGCAGUGGGAUAGCAUCAUCAAAGGAUCGACCAUUAUCAGCCAGAGAGAGAAGGCGACUGAAGCAGUCACGGGAAGAGGUGUUCCCCUCAUGUGAAGGCCCUUCAGUGAGGAGAAGUCUGAGUGCAGUAGGGCCGGGGAAACUGCAGGAGGAAGGCCAGGCCUUCCCUGCCCGACGGUUCUCUUCUGACUACGGCAGUACACAGGAAAGAAAACGGAUUAAAUGUCUGUCUGAGGAUGAGUUAAGUUCUUCUACAAGUUCAACUGACAAAUCAGAUGGGGAUUCCAGGGAUGGGAAAAGUCAUACAAAUGAAAUGAGUGACUUGAUACAAUUGAUGACUCAAACCCUUAAACUGGACCCAAAAGAGAGCAGUGAAGAUCUCCCGGUACCAGCUCUAGGCUCAGAAUUCAGACUUAAUCGAAAGUAUCGGGACACACUGGUUCUUCAUGGGAAAGUUGCUGAAGAGUCAGGGCAACUCCGUUUUAAAGAGCUGCCCUCAGCUAUCAUGCCAGGUUCUGAAAAGAUCAGGAGAAUACUUGAAGUCUUGAGAGCUGAUGUCAUCCAGGGCCUAGGAGUUCAGCUUUUGGAGCAGGUGUAUGAUCUCUUAGAUGAGGAGGAUGAAAUGGAGAGAGAGCUCUGACAAUCUCAGGAGUUCCUGGUGUUUCUCAAUUUACUCCCAUCCUACAGACUGACAUUAUCUUGGAGUGGCACAUCUGCAGCAAUAUUUGGAGAAGAAAGCGGAGAGUUAAUUAUCCCAGGACAUCUCAUUUUCGCUAGUGGGUGCAAAGGGGUCAAGAGUUACAAGAAGCUGAAACUUAAGUUUUACAAAGAUCUGAUAUCUAACUCAUUUGAUGCAUACAGAACAAAAGGAAAGCACCGAUUGGGGUUUGGGCCAUAGUAUUUCCCGGUAAUUUCUUUGAAGCUAAACAGUUCUUAAAAUUGGGGCAGGCUCAUUUUAUGACAGAUCAUCACCGGAUCGGGAAGAGGUCACCAGAAACCCAAAUUCUUUAUGGUCUAUAAAUAGAUAGGUGAGGGGAGAGGGAGGCAAUAAGGCGCCAUACAGAACAGAAAACGGCGGUUAUAUGUAUCUAUCUUUCUGGGAGGGGAAUCAAGGUUAGGUAAAGGGUUAAACUCAUAUGCAAAUCUCUCUGCACACAAGCAAGUUACUUCAAACAAGUGUAAAUUAGUGGGUCAUCCUAGUUUUCUUUAGCUCUUUAGGGGAGAAUAGAGGUGCCUAACAGUGAUUAACAACCCUUGUUAGCUUGUUUUAGCACAACUUCUGUAGUUUGUAGAGGGCAACAAUGGUUAACAUAUCAAUUAGGUGAGAUUCUUGCAAUUCUUUACAGAGGAGAGUAUUGCUCAACAUAUCAAUUAGGUCACUUAACUUAUCAGUUAGGGAAAAAGGAUAAAAAAAACACAUUUAGUAAGCCACAUUGUAGGUUUGCUAUAAUACACAUAUAACGAAGCUGUUUUCUUAGAGUACAACACUUUCCAAAAAAACUGUACCAUUUUACAUUACUACCAGCAGUACCCAAAGUUCCACAUUCUUGUUUCAAGUGCUUUAUUUCUGUUUCUGUGAUGGUGGCUUUUGUUUUUAAUUCUAUUUGUGUGUUAUGUUACAUUAAUUGAUUUUUGGUGGUCAGCCUUACAUUGCUGAGGUGAUUCCCAUUUGGUCAUGAUGUAUACUCCUGAUGUUUUGCCAGACUCAAGCUUUCAAUGUAGUCUCAAUAUAUUUUAUAUCAUUGAUGAAUAUUGGGUAAGAUACUCAAUUUCAAGUUAUUUGUACAGAUGGUUAUGUUUAUUUAUUUUCUUUUUAUUUUAAAGAUAGUAAACAAAACAGAACAAAGCCAGUCGAAACAAAAGCAGCAAAAUUGGUACAGAACUUCAAAGCAGGAUACUAGGAAAACAACAAUACCUACCAUAAUAUAGCUUAUCUUCACAAUAGUUGUCCAUUGCAUCAGGUAUAGCAAAAUCAAACCAAAAACAAAAUAAUAAAACCAAUCAAAACAAUAUUGAAUCAAGCAAAACAUUUACAACAAAGCAAAACAGUGAGAACAAUAUUGACCUUCAAAUCAAGAUGGAAGGAAAUCCCCAUAUUUGUUAAAUUGCAUACUAUAAUCCUCUCAAGAGCCUGCAAAAUCAGCCAAACAAUACAAGCAUUUAGUUGCUUUAUGUACCUUAGUUGCUAUGCAUUCAGCCUGUCCUUUGAACCAGUAGGUUGCUUGGCAGUGGGGGGCGGUAUGUAUAUGAUUCUCAGCCCACAUGCCUAUAGGCUCACAUGAGGCACUAUCUGACUUUUCUCUUCUUGGAACCCACGUGUGUGUGUGUGACUCACCAGAAAGCCUGGCUAGUUGGCUUCUUGUUAGAUCCUGCCAGUCCCAGCAUGGCGGAUUCUCAGGAGGCACUGAUAAUUGUCUUCCUGGAAGCCACAUUUUAUUUUAGAGAGAAUAAAACCAAGCAAAAUAAAACAGAAUAAAGUCAAUCAAAACAAGACAGUGUAGGGGCUGGGGAUUUAGCUCAGCGGCAUAAACUCCUGCCUUGCAAGAAGGCAGUCGUGAGUUUGAUCCCCGGUACCAAUAAAAAGGAAAAAGACAAAACAAAACAAAAACAAAAAACAAAAAACCAAGACAGUGUAAGUAACAUAGGAUUUCAAAACAAGAUAAUAGAAAAUCAACAAUGGUUACCAUAAUGCCUCUUGUUUUAUUCAAAAUAGCUGCAGAUACCUUCAGACAUAGUAAAAUCAGACAUAGUAAAAUCAAACAAAACGAACAGAAAAGAACCAAUAAAAACAAAAUAAUGAAUGCAGUACAGGACUUCAAAACAAGGUAAUAGUAAAUCCAAAAUAGCUGCCAUACCUUUGAAAUAGCUGCCCAUUCCAUCAGAUACAACAAAAUCAAACAAGAUAAAUAGAAUAAAAUGCAACCAAACAAAACAAUGAGAAUGCUACAGGAUUUUGAAACAAGGUAAUAAGGAAUUAACAGUGGCCACCACCUUCAGAAGGAGAUCCCCCAUAGAUGCUACACUGCAUAUUGUUAUCCUCCGAAUAGCUGAUCAGACUACCAGUUUUAGACCUGCAAAGUCAGGGAAACACUAGACACUACAAGCAUUAGAUUGUAUUUUACCUCAUAAGCUAUCAUCACAGCCUGUGUUUCUCUGGAUCAGCUGAUCGCUUACUGGAGGUGGAGGACUAUGGGCUCUUCUUGUCUCCCUGCCUACACUUCUAAAGGGGCUGGCAUCUGGCUCUCCCCCAGUCAGUGUGUGUGUGGCACUGACUCACAGGAGGUCUUAGCUUCUCAUUGACUUCUUGUUCUCUUCCCCCACAGUCCACGAAUAGUGUGAACUCACAGGACAGGGCUUGUGUCUGGCUCCCCCGCAUUCAGCCUGUGCAUUGGGUGGACUCACAGGAGGUCUUAGCUUCUUGUUAACUUUUUGUUCUCCCCUGCAGUCCAAGAAUGGCCUUAUUUAUCAUUUUUGUUCUCCUUUUUAUUCUUGUGUAUAUAACUUAACAUCUGGAGUCUUUUCCUUAGCUUAAUGCAGUUGUGUUAUUGACAAAUAGAUUUCUUUUGUUAUCGACUCAACAAUAUAUACAUUUAAAAAUUAUAGUAAAUUAUACAUAUUUAAAAUUUACCACAUUAGCCAUUUUUAAGUAUAUAGUUUACUUGCAUUAAAUAUGUUCACAUUGUUGUGCAGCUGUUACCCAUCUUCUGAACUUUUUCAUCUUGCAAAAGUGAAACUCUGCAUCUGUUAAACAAUAUGAGAUAUGUUAAAAAAUGGUAAAUGUUUACUUUUUAAGUAAAUUAUUACAAUAAAAUAUAAAUUGCUGUUAAUUCCUUUAAAAUACUCCCAUUCACAUUGAGCAUACUUAUCCCUUUUUCUUGUCACUUUCUUUUUUUUUAAGAGUAAACAAUUUUUUUAAAUUUUUAUUUUAAAGGGGGUAAAAUUAAACACAACAAAACAGAACAAAAUAGGACAUAAGAAAGCAAUGUAAGAGACAUAAAUUUCAAAGCUAGAUGACCUGAGAUCUUCACUGUCUAUCAUAUUGUCUCUUGUUUUCUUCCAAAUAGUUAUCCAUUGUCUUUUCAUACAGAGAAUUCAUACAAAACAACAUAGUAUAAAACUGAUCCGAACAGAAUGAGGAAGGCCAUUUUAGGUCUUCAAAACCAGGCAAUAGGGAAGUCACUAAUGGCUGUCAUAGAGUCUCUCGUUCUCUUCAAAAUAGCUAACUAUACUUUCAUGUAUAUUGAAGUUCAACAAAACAAAACAGGCAGGGAGGAGGGGUUGCUUGAUUUCCCAGUGUUCCAGGUCCCAGGAUGGCUCGAGUCCCAGUAAAUGCUGGUGGCUCCCAACCUGGGCCGCUGCAGCCUGCCACACUCACAGCUGCUCAUGGUGUGUGUGGGGGGUGCGUUUGCUUCAAGCUGUUUCUUUCCAGUGAAUUGACCAUUUCACUGCCCAAGUUCUGAAAUGGCCAACAGACCACAGAAAGACAUCUCUUUAGGCUCCUGCUUGAAACCAACAGCAUCAGGAAGCUGACAGUCUUGAUUCAGGGCCAGAAGAGUAAACAAAUUUAAUUUGACUGUUAAACUUGUUCAAAAGCAAAUUAUUGGUAUACAGUAUACCAGAGGCCAUAAGAGGUUUAUGGCCUUUGAAAUAAAAAUUCCAUGCAGCAAUUUAACCAAUGAAAUAAUGCAGAAGAUGAUCUGUGUGUAAAGAUAAUACUAAAAAUUUGAAGCAAGAGUUUUCUGUACAGUAAAAGAUAACUGGGGGCUGGGGAUUUAGCUCAGUGGCAUAAGCACCUGCCUUGCAAGCAGGCAGUCGUGAGUUCGAUCCCGGGUACCGAUAAAAAGGAAAAAGACAAAAAAAAAAAAAGUAUAAACAAUAAAAGAUAACUGUGAACACUUAGUAACAGGGAAAUGCUUAUACAUAUUGAAUAUCCUUUAUUUGAAUAUCCAGAGUGCUCUAAAAGCCAAAUUGGCUUAGAACUUGUUGGUACUCAAAGAAAUUUCACAGUGCUGUGUGUGGUGGCACACACCUAUAAUUCCAGCACUCGAGAGGCUGAGGCAAGAGGACUGCUGUGAGUUCAUGGCCAUCCUGGACUGUAUAUUGAGUUUAAGGCAGCCUGAACUAUACAAUAGACUCUACCUUGAAAAAACUUUUCUUUCAGAGUAUUUCAGAUUUUUAAAUUAGGAAUAUUCAACCAAUGAAUUCUUUGCAAGUAUCCCAAAUAUGAAAAACAUUGAAAUUUGAAACUGGUCCCGUGUAUUUUGCAAAAAAAAUUUUCUCAACCUACGAUAUCAAAAUGGAGAAAGUGAGACUCAAUCUGCUAGUGUAUGGUGAUGUCUUGCCACCUUCUGAAGCAGUUGUAGAAUCCUUUCACGAGUGUCUUUAGUUGCACUGUUGUAGCUGCUUUGACAUCCUGCAUCAGUUCAGAACUUUAAUCUUUCACGGUCAUUUGGACUUUGGGAAAGUGCCAGAAGUUGCAUGGUGCCAGAUGCAGUGAAUGUUUGAUGAGGACACACUGUAAUAUUUUUUUUUUCUUUUUUCUUUUUAUUGGUACCGGGGAUCGAACUCACGACUGCCUGCUUGCAAGGCAGGUACUUAUGCCGCUGAGCUAAAUCCCCAGCCCCACACUGUAAUAUUCUUAUGAAUCUGUCUUUCUACUGGAUGACUCUCAGCAGUAGCAUUCACUGUACUUUUUGUUUGUUUUGAGAUAGGAUCUCUAUGUGUUUCAGGCUGGCCUUGAUAUCUCUAUGCAGCCAAAGCAGGUCUCAAACUCAGAGCAUUCCUCUUGCCUCAGCCUUCUGAGUGCUGGGAAUACAAGCAUACACUGCUACACCCAGCUUCACUAUAAUUUUAAUGAAUAUUAUUAAGAAUAGGGCAGGAAAGAGGAUUUGCAGAGUUGCUUCAGAAAGUGUUAAGAAUGAUGGGAUAAGUGUGUUUGAAACAAGGGGAAGUAUUGUGAAGAUGUCAGUAAUGAUGUGCCUUUUACUGUAACAAAUUUUGCUAUUUAGACUUCACGGUAUUUUUAGACAGUGCUUUCUAAAGCAUCAUUCCCUGCUUCUGUCAGUCCCUGGCAUCUACUUUUCUACUUUCAUCUCUCCAGUUGACUGAGCAGUUAUAUAAAGCCUAAGUGUACCAUCUAGAAACAGUCAUUUGUCCACAAAGAAAACUCUAGGCUCAGAUGGCUAUGCUGGUGAAUGCUUCCGACCAUUUAAGAAAGAUAUAAUGCCAAUACUAUGCAAAUUCUUCCAGAAAAGUUUAGGAGGAGAUACUUCCCAGCUCAUUACACAAGCCCAGCUCAACCCUGAUCCUAAAAUCAAACAAGUAUACUACAUGAAAAGAUAUUAGAUCAGUAUCACUCAUAAAUCACUUCAUGGUUUUAAUGAUGUUUUUCUGUUUUUUAUUUCAGCCCUAAUAUUUAUUAUUUAUUUACUUCUGAUAUGGGUUUAGUUCUUUUUUGAGUUCCUUAAAUUGUAAAAUUAGGUUUUCAUCUGAAAUCUUCUCUCCACAGUGAUGGAACAUUCUUCCUUUUUUUUCUUUUGGUAUAGGGGAUGGAACUCAUGACCUUGCACUUGCCAGGCAGGCACUUAUGCCGCUGAGCAAAACCCCUGGCCCCUGGGACAUUCUUUAAUAAAUAUUAAUAGCCAUAAAGUUCCACCUUACCACUGUUUUAACCAAAUCCUGUGUUUGAUGUAUUGUGUUUUAUUUUCACUUGUCUGUAGUUUUUUUUCAUGACUUCCUCUUUGACCCACUGAUUGUUUUGGAGUAUGAUGCUUAGUUUCCACCAUUUGUCAGUUUUUUAGUUUUCUUUGUUACUGGCUCUUAACUACAUCCCUUGUGGUUAAAGAAGAUGCUAUCUUUGGGCUGGGGAUUUAGCUCAGCAGCAUGAGCAUCUGCCUUGCAAGCAGGCAGUCAUGAGUUUGAUCCCUGGUACCAGAAAAAAGAAAAAAAUAAAAAUUAAAAAAAAAACUUAAAAAAAAGAUGCUAUCUUUCAAAAGCUACUGAGACUUAAUCACAUCCUAGUUUAUGCUCUGUCAUGGAGAAAGUCUGAAUAAGCUUGAGAAAGCUCAGUAAAAGGGUCAAAAACUGUCCUUUUCUGGAUCUACCCAAUCUGUUGCUGGGUAGAGGUUGGCAUGUAUCUGUUAGAUCUCAUUGGUUUAUUAAGUCUUGUGUUAGUCACCUGUUGCUGUGACUGAGUCAUCAACUUAAAAAUGAGAACGAUUUAUUUGGAUUCUAGUUUUGGUUUCAGAAUGGCUAGUUUGUGGCUCGUGGGCCUAUGGGAGGAAGUGUACCGUGCUGGUAGUAAGUGGUAGCGGAAGCUGCUCAUCUCAUUGCAGCUGAGAAGCAAAGAGAAAGGAAGAAGAGGAGCUUGGCCCCAGGAUCCCUUUCUGGGGCAUCUCUCCAGUUACCUACCUUCUUCUAUGAGGCCUUCCCUCUAAGGGGUGGCACCUCCCAACAGUCCUGGAGCUGAUACCAUGUGCUUUGGGAGACAAUCAAGAUCCAAACUAUUGCAUGUUCUCUGUUUUUAAAAUUAUCCUCUGCCAAAUUAUUCUUUCAGGGAUUGAAUAGGGCAUUAAAUCUCCACUGUUAUUCAAUUCCGCUCUUUUUUUUUUUUAAGAUAUUUUAUUUUAUUUUGUCUUUUUGAGACAGGAUCUCACUAUGCAAUGCAGGCUGGCCUUGAGCUCACUUUAUAGCCCAAGCUGUUCUCAAACUUGCAAUGAUCCUCCUGCCUCAGCCUCCGAAGUUCUGGGAUUACAGGCAUAUGUCACCACACCUGACUUUGUUUUAUAUAUUUUAAAGAUUGUAAUUAUUCUAUCUUCUGGUUAUAUUGAAUCUGUUAUUAACAUAUGAUAUGUUUGCUUCUUUCACCUUUUUUUUUUUUUUUUUUUGAGACAGGGUCUUGCUGUGUAGUUCAGGCUGCCCUUGAAUUUACUUUUAGCUCAGGCUGACCUAGAAUUUGCAGCAGUUCUCCUACCUCAGCCUCCCAAGUUCUGGGAUUACAAGCAUAUACCGCCACAGCUGGCCACUUGCAACCCUAUUUAAUUUAAAGCCUAUUUUGUUUUCUCUGUUUCGGUUAGUAUUUGUAUGGAGUAUCUUCUUCAACCUAUUUGUAUCUUUAGAUCUAGUCUUUCAUUGACUAAAUUUGUAUCUGUUGUUAUUUUAGUCCAUUCUGCCAUCUCCCCCUUUUGAUUGGAACAUUUCUUCCAUUUAUGUUUAAAGUGAUGAUUGAUGAGAGUCUCUGAUUUACUGUUUUCUAUCAACUGUGUGACCUUUAUCUCUUACUUCCUACAUUACUAUCUUGUUUUAUGUUUACCAUAAUUGAUUAUUUUAUUGUGAAAUAUUUUAAUAUCCUAUGCAUUUCUCUUUUUUUCCUCUUUUUUAUCUUUACUUUUUUUUUCCUUUUUUGCAAAUAUGGUUACAAUGGGGAAAGUGAGUGUGUGUAUGUUACUUUUCUCUUGUUGCUGAGACAAAAUACUCAACACUCAAAGGAGGAAAGGUUUAGUUAGCUUGAAGUUUAUAGAGGUUUUUAGUCCAUAAUCAGCUGGCUCCAUGGCAGGAUGACGAUGACAGAGGAGCAACAGUUCAUGGCAGCAAGAGAGGAGAGAGAGCAGCAGCAAUAAGAGAAGGCUCUUUCUGUCUCUUACGUUGUAUACAGGGUAACUGCCCUAGGGCAAGCAGAGCACUCACCCUUAAUCCCACCAUUGGACCACAAAUCAAUCACAAACUCUAGAUUCAACCACGUCAGACAAGUCUGCCCCACCCCAUGAUUCCAUGAAGCUUUGGGGGAACAUCUAGACAAAUCUUGCUAUGCAGUUCAAGCUGGGCUUGAACUCACUAUCAAGUCAGGCUGGUUUGCAGGGGCCUUCCUGCCUCAGCAUCCAGGGGGCAGGGAUUACAAGUGUGUGCCACCACAUUCAGCCAGGGGAUUAUAUUUAACAUCCUAUAAUUAUAAUACUUCAAUGUGAAUUUAUACCAGCUCAACCUCAAUAACAUGCAGAAACUCUCCCUCUGACAGGUCUGUCCCAAUUUCUUGCAGUUAUUGUUACAAAACUAUAUCUUAAAAACAAACUAUAUCCUUAUAUAUUGUGUCUAAAACAUACACAGUGUGAUAAAAAUACAGUGAAUACUAAAUUAAAACUUUAUAGUAAAUUAUUCCCCUCAAAAUACUCUCACUUAGAAUAUCCCAUAAUUCUUGCUGCUUUCUUGAUGGUUCUAGUUCUAGAAGUUCUUUUCAUGAGUGACUCUAGAUGAGCUAUCAUAGCUGCCUUGAAAUCCUGAAUGAAUUCAAAAUGUUUACUUUUUCAUGGUCACUUUGAGCAGGAAUUCACACAGUACCAGAUCCUGUGAAUACGUUUAUUCACAAAAUAAAUUCACGUAGUAGUGUUUUUACGAGCCUGCCUUUCCCUUGGAUGGCACUUGGCAAUGGCACACACUGUAUUUUUGAUCAUACAUUGUGAAGACACUCAAAAGAGGACUCCCAGAAUUGCUUCAGAAAGGAGCAAGCGUGAUGGAAUAAGUGUGUUUGAGGUGAGGGGAUAUUUUGAGGGAUGUUAAUGGCAGUGUUUUUUUUUUUUUUUAAUUUACACAUUCACUGUAUAUUUCUGUUAUGCCUUAUAAACCAGUAAGUGGUUUCUAAAAAUUAAAAAUAUGGAAUUAUAACCCAAAGUCACAAUAAUAUUAGCUUUUAGACUAAUGAUUUAAAUGUAUUAGUGUCUUAAACCAUGGAGCAUACACAAGGUGAAAUUGCAAACCAUUGUUACACUAAUACCAGCUUUUAUAAUUGUCCAUAUAUUUAUAUACACCAAAAUAUUCAUUUAUUUUUAAAAUUUGCUUUUUAAAAAACCGUUGGCCAUUAGAGACAUACAAAUUAAAACAACUCUGAGAUUCCACCGGACUCCAGUAAGAAUGGCUGUUAUCAGGAAAUCAGAUAGUAACAAAUGCUGAUGAGGCAGUGGGGAAAAAGGAAUUCUGGAGAGUCCUCAGAAACUCAAACUAGAAACUUCUUUCAAUCCUCUCUUCUAGGUAUUUUCCUGAAAAAGUUAAAGAUAUCAUAUUACAGUCAUACAUACAUACAUAUCCCCAUUUCUAGCAGCACAACUUAGAGUAGCUAAAUCUUGGAAGUGGCUUCUGUGUCUAAAAACAGAUGAAUGGGUAAAGGAAAUGUGGUAUUUAUACACAGUGGAUUACCAUUCUCACAUAUCCUUUAAGUGAGUCAUUUGUAGGAAAAUAUAACUUAAAUAUCACAUGGCUUCUCUUACAUUAGAAACCCAAAUAUAAAUAAAGUUCAAAAGAAAAGAUGGACAAUAGGAAAUAGGGAGGUAGAUCUUUUACAAACAGGAAGGGACUGAGAGAUGGAGGAAGAGAGGGUAAGGGGAUUAAAAAAGAAUUAAAGUGUGUUGUGUGAAUGUACCAACUCCCUACAAGUGUGAUCAUUAUGUAAUGAAGAUGUGUACUAAUAAAGAAUAAAAACUGAAAAGAAAUAAAUAUUUUUUAUUUUAUUUUAUUUUUUUGAGACAGGGCCUUGCUAUGUGGUUCAGGCUGGCCUUGAGCUCACUUUGUAGCCCAGGCUGGUCUCGAACUUGCAACCAUCCUCCUGCCUCAGCCUCCUGAGUGGUGGGAUUACAGGCAUGAGCCACCAUGCCUGGCUAAUAUUUUUUAUUUUUAAUUGACAAA